UCAGCGAUGAUUACUGCCUUUAAUCUACAGCCCUUCACCUAUGUUUCUCAAUUUAAAAUAACAAGAAGCGGGCCUGGCUCAGUCAGGACCUCAAACUGGAAGACAUCGCAAGAAGACUGGAGUAACGCAGAAGUUGAGCCAAAGAAGGAGAAAUUAGGGACGUUUGUUCAAAGAGAAGAAAAUCCUUGUCAUUCUCGCAGUGUAGGACGGAUUGAGAGGAUCGGGAAAAUGCUGUGGCUUGUGCCUGUCAGCCUUCUACUUUUCUCUUCACACACCCUCUGCACAAACCCAGGAUUGAAAGUGAGAGUAACUCAGAAAGCCUUAGAUUAUGGUCGACAGGUCGGGAUUCAGGUGUUACAGCAGAAACUCAAGGAGAUUCAGUUUCCAGAUGUCAAAGGAAAAGCCCGUGUGUCUGUGUUUGGCCGCGUCAAGUAUAAAAUCACAGGAAUGCGGAUUGACAAUUUUGGCCUGCCUCAGUCUGCAAUUGGAUUCUCUGCUGGGACUGGCAUUAAACUUUCCAUUAGUAAUGCCUAUGUUCGUGUCAGUGGAAAAUGGAAAGUGAGGUAUCAUUUUAUAUCAAGCAGUGGUUCCUUUGACGUCUCGGUGAGCGGCUUGUCAAUAUCUGAGGCAAUAGGAAUGACUCGGGAUGAGACAGGCCGCCCAGCAGUGCACAGUGCUGGCUGUUCAGCUUCUAUUGGCAAAUUAAGCAUCAAAUUUCACGGAAGAGCAAAACGGGUGUACAAUCUAAUCGCUCGUUUCCUGAAGGGCCGCUUUCGUUCUUCUCUUAUCCGACAGAUUUGUUCAAAAGUCUCCAGUGCAGUCAAUGGGCUGGAGGAGCAUCUGAGAAACAUGAAGGUCGUCCAGCACGUUGACAAAUAUGCGGUGAUUGAAUAUUCCCUGGUUAAUCCAAUUGCAAUCACUAACGCAUUCAUGGACCUGGAUUUGAAGGGUGAAUUUUACAGUGUGGUAAAGCGUGAAGAACCUCCCUUCAAACCCCGACCAAUUCUUCUCUCUGACCAAACUGAUCACAUGAUGUAUUUGGGACUGUCAGACUUCUUUGUUAAUUCAGCAGGAUUUGCCUAUUAUAGAGCUGGUGCCUUGAUCAUGAAGAUCACUGAUGAUAUGAUUCCCAAACAUUCUCCUAUCAGAUUAAACACAUCAACGUUUGGUGCUGUUUUACCUCAGGUGGAGAAACUCUACCCCAACAUGCUGAUAUUAAUGAGUUUCCAUGCCAACAAACAGCCUGUUUUAAAGCUUGCACCAAACAACAUUACCAUUCAGGCAUCUGGUGAUAUAAAUACGUUUGCAAUCCUCCCUAAUUCAUCUCUCGCACCACUGUUUGUCCUGGGCAUUUCUGCCAGUGUGUCCGCUCAGGUGACUGUCUCUGACAUGAAAUUGAUUGGAUCCUUGAAACUCAACAGACUCAAUGACCAGAAAGCAGCAGAAAGAGAGAAAGAGACUGACAGACAGCAAGUGAGAGAGCACAAAGGGAGUAUGUGA